AAUGUACUUCCGGGUCACGUGACUGUGGCUUGUAUUUACAAACGUCAUUGAAGGUUUAAAUAAUACUGUAUAUGUUUAAUUUACUGCCAUGUAUCCGCUGUAGUUGUGUUGUUUUGCUAUGGAUCAGGUUGUUUCUCAGUCCAAAAGUGUCCUUUGUACGUUGACAGAUAAAAAAGAUCAUUCCAAAUAUGUCUGUUUUACACAAAAGAAGUCUGCAGGGAUCAUCAUUGGACUGAGUAAUGGUGAAGCUGUUUGGAAAGAAGAUCUGUCAGAGGAAGCCCUUUCACAACUUAAGAAGAAAUUAUCACUGAAAUCAACAGAAGACUAUGCCCUGAAAGUAAAGAGCGCAUGCAGGAGCGGCACCGCGUUUGUCUCCCUGCAGGAUGAUAACGCUGUGCUUCACCUCAGCGCUGAGCAUGCAGACCUCACUGUGUCUUUCUCCAAGCUCACAGAUCAUGAGGGAAGGACAGAGCUCAAAGAUCUGCUCUUUAAGAUGGCGGAUAGUAUAAUGCAACAGGACAAUACAGGAUCCACGUCUUCAUCAAGCCCUUUAAAAACCCAACAGAAGAGGAGCAUGGGAUUUGAACCCAGGAGACCAACUGGCCCAGCAAUAGCAGUAAAGAAACGCCUUCCAGGGGAUUCGCUCAUCAACCCAGGAACAAAACGGAAGCGCUCUGCUACAGGAGUGACUUUUGACGAUGGAGAUGACGCAUGAAUCUCCUGAUCCCGAUCCUCACUGCAUGACCACACAUGUCCCUGUUUUAACCCUCCAGCAUAAUCAGUGCAAUGACGACAACUUUGCUUGUUUUUAAUCAACUGAAAUAAUUAUGACGUAUGAUUUUUUUUUUUUUUUUUUAACUUGCAUGAUUUUAAACCUUUUUAAUAAACCUAGUCAUAAAUAAAUAAAUAUGCUAUUUUUAAAGUA